AUGCCAGGAUUUGGAAUGGGCGUUGGUGCAUUCCCAAUGAUGGGAGUGCAAGGUAUGGGCGUCCCAAUGGGCAUGGUCAAUCAAGCUGCUUUUGCUCAGCAGAAUGUAAUGGGAAUGGGAGUGAUGGGUGCGGUCCCAUCGUCUGCGUCCGUUCGAGCUUCUGCUGCUCAAGCUGGCAGUGCAUCCGUUGCGGGUAAGAACCAGCGCACGUUUGUUGGAGUCGUCACAAAAAUGCACGACAAUUAUGGUUUUGUCGACGACGACGUCUUUUUUCAACAUUCGGUGAUCCGUGGUACGCUUCCUCGUGUUGGAGAGAAAGUGAUGGUUGAGGCAAGCUACAAUCCUCAAAUGCCGUUCAAAUGGAAUGCAUACCGCAUUCAGCUUCUGAAUUCCGGAGAUGCUCCAGCUCAAAAUCAUAACCACGUUGCACAGACGCGUUCUGGAGCUUCUGGUGGCUCCAGCGGUGGAAGAUGGGGUCCACCAGCAUCGGCCGAGCGUAACGGCCCAUCACAUCGUAGUUCACCGCCACGACGUCGAUCACCGCCUCGUCGCAGUCCUCCUCGCAGAGUGCAAAGUCCUCCUCGUAAAGAGGCACCGCGUCGAAAGUCACCACCUCCGAGGCGAUCUCCUCCAGCUCGUCGACCAUCUCCUCCAUCUCGUAAUGAACGUGAUCGUAAACGCGAACGUAGUGCUAAUCCACCAAGCUCUAUACAAUCAGCAAGAAGGGACAGUGUUAGUCCUCCUCGACGACGUGCUCGUAUCAUUCCUCGAUAUGAGUGCCAUCCUCCUCGUUCUGUUCUGCUUAAUGAACAAGUGUCCGUGGUCGGCUUGCGUACCCGUUACAAUAAGCUUUACAUUCCAUCCGAUUUUGCGGAUAUGACUGCAGAGUGGGUAAAACGAGUACCAGUGGAUGCUGCUAUUGACCUCACCAAACCGGUUGCCUUCCAUGUGUGGAAUAAGGAAGUAGAUUAUCCACUCCAAGAGGGAGAAGAAGCGGCAGUGUUGGAGCCAGAGGACGCAGAUCAUCGUCAUCAAGUCAAGGUACUUUUGCUGGCACAUCCGGGAAGGCAGGAAGUGCACAAAAAAGCAUUUGGGCUCCUUCCUGACGGCUCCACUGACGAUAUGCACGAGCCCACACCAUUUUUCAAGCAGCUUAGCUUCCUAGUUGGAACUCGAGGGAAAGAACCCAUGGCUAUCGGAGGCAGUUGGUCUCCAUCAGCUGAUGGUGCUGAUCCUACGAAUCCAUCAACUAUUAUUCGUACUGCUAUCCGUACAACUAAGGCACUUACUGGAGUUGAUCUGUCCGAAUGUCCGCAAUGGUACGAGCUGGUGCACGUGCGUUAUUACCGCGCCGAUCGUGAUCGCACGGAUAGCGUGCGUCUUCUGUUCCCGGACACUCAACUGCUUCUUGCCGAUGCUGACGACUCAUCGGCCGAUGAACGUUGGACGGCAGUACAGGCAGCGCUACGUGCGCAACUGGAGACGAAGUUGGCAGCCGUGGAUGCGCCUCCACCAGAAGCGGAUCAGUCGAUGGCGGAGGACGCCGCCAAGGACAAGGAAAGUCGCGAGCGAAAGGAUGGUGACGAAACUGGAGACGCUGAGGCCAAGGAAAGACCAACACAUUGGAGCAAGUUGGACCCUAAAAUGCUUAAGGUUCCUGAGUUGCGAGCUGAACUAGAAGCUCGCGGCCUCGAAACUAAAGGAGUGAAGUCGCUGCUUUGUAAGAGACUUCAGGAAGCUCUCGAUCAAGAGAAAGAGAAGGAAGAAGGAGAAGGAGCCGCUCCCACUGGGGACAUAGAAAUGACGGAUGUUGCAGGUGAAGACGAGGAGGCCGAGAAGAAAGAGGAAACUGAAGCUGAAAAGAAGGCUAACGAGAAGACUGAGGCGGAAUUGAAAAAGGAGGCGGAAGAGCAGAAGAAGAAGGCAGAAAAGUUAGAAAAAGAGAAACAGGAACGCAAGAAUGCACUUGAAAGGCACUAUGCUAUGCCCAAGGAGCGAAAGGUGUUGGUUUACCCUUCAAAGACAGCCAAAGGUGGAAAAUUCGAUUGUAGAGUAAUGAGCAUGCACGCCUUACUUGAUUAUAGACAGGAUGACAACAAGGAAGCUCACUUCGAGGUGUCACUGUUCGUAGAGGCCUUCAAAGAGUUGCUUGAGCGACAUGCAGCUUUCACUAUAUACUGCGCCAUUGCUCGCGCUGCCGACAAAGAGAGUGAGCGAAAGAGGCGAGAUGAAGCCAGAGAGAAGAAAGAGGAGGAGUCUGAGGAAGAAAAGAAAGAGGGUGAAGGAGAGGAAGAGAAGAAGGAUGAAAAGAAAGAAGUGAAAAAGGAGAAAUUGGACUUGAAGUCAAUGGUGUCAAAUCGUGCUCUUUUCGAGGCAUUUGCAAUGUUCGACGUGAAUUUGUGCGGAUACCUGAAUGAGCGUGAUCUGGAGGAUAUAAUUUUUAACAGUGAGUUCGGAGUCACUAGGGCUCAGAUGCAGAAACUGUCGCAUAAGCUGAUGUCGAGGGAGAAGAUCAAUUAUCGCCACUUGACUGACGUCUUGGUAGAUUCUGAUGGCGCUGUGCGAUUCACGCCUGGAGAAUGCGAGAACGCGCCAGAAAUAUCAACACUUCUUAAAGGCUUUGGCUUGGAAGCAUACAAGGGCUCGCUCGAACCGCAAACGAAUGGUGAUGUACAAAUGUCUGAUUUCGAAGGGACAGUAGUUAUCAAUGGUAACGUUGUGAACGUUGCUCAGAAACUUGCAUUGUUGAAGAAAAGCGAAUAUGAACGCGAUCAGGCCAAAAGCUUAGUAGCCGAACAGACUGCCCUAAUUGAACAAUUGCGAGGCACAAAGCACGACCUCGAGAAGAAAAUCCGGGACUUGGAAAAAGAUCUUGAAAAGAAUAAGAAACGGCUGGAUGAGAGCAACAGUGCUUUGAAGUCAUCUUUGGAUUCAAACAUUUCCCUGAAGUCCGGUCUUUCGGAUUGCAAGAGAUAUGCCGAACGCAUUCUGUCAGCUGUUGAGCGAGCCUGUCCUCCUCCUCCCCCAAAGCGAGUCGAGGAACCUAAGGUGGAAGAGCCAGUUGCUGAAGCUGUAGAUGAUGCCGAUGAACCAAUCCCUGCAGAAAUUGUUCUGACCGAAGAAGUUGGAGCAGAGGAGGAUAAUGAAGAGAAGGCUACGUAG